AUGUCUCUUUCAGUCGCAGAGAAAUCGUAUCUUUACGAUUCAUUAGCAAGCACUCCUUCAGUUAGAACCGAUGGAAGGCUUCCUCAUCAGUUCAGACCUAUAGAGAUUUUUACAGAUUUUCUUCCAAGUUCUAACGGAUCCUCCAGGAUUAUAGCCAGUGACGGUAGCGAAUGUAUUGUGAGCAUCAAGUCCAAAGUCGUGGAUCAUUCAGUGGAGAACGAAUUGCUUCAGGUCGAUGUGGAUAUUGCAGGCCAAAGAGAUGAUGCCCUGAUAGUGGAGACGAUCACUUCUUUGCUGAAUAAGGUGUUGAAGUCUGGCGGCGGAAUAGACUCGUCUAAGUUGCAAUUGACAAGGAAAUACAGCUUCAAAAUAUUCGUCGAUGUCUUGGUCAUUUCGUCGUAUUCGCACCCUGUUUCUCUAAUAUCCUUUGCCAUUUACUCCGCGCUGAACUCCACAUAUCUGCCUAAGCUUAUUUCCGCCUUUGACGAUUUGGAAGUAGAAGAGCUGCCCACAUUCCAUGAUUAUGACAUGGUCAAGCUCGAGAUCAACCCUCCUCUGGUGUUUAUAUUGGCCAUUGUGGGCAACAACAUUUUGUUGGACCCUGCUGCUAACGAAAGCGGAGUGGCCAACAAUGGCCUUAUCAUUACCUGGUCUAACGGUAAGAUUACAUCGCCCAUUAGAUCUGUAGCAUUGAAUGAUUCUAACGUUAAAGGCUUCAAGCCUCAAUUGCUGAAACAAGGUCUUGCGAUGGUAGAGAAAUACGCCUCUGAUGUAGUACGAUCAUUGGAGAAUUUAUAA